AUUUGUACAGGUGGAGAGAGCAGAAUAUGACUGUUGCGCUGCAGCACAUGACUUGCUUGAAAAAUAUUGAUUUAUGGUCCCCGCUGGAUGAAGCUUAUGAUGAUUUUAAUUUUUCGGAAAGUGAUGGCGAAAGCAAUAAUUCUUCUAAGUUGUACAUGCAAAAGUUCCAGAACAAAGUGGAUUUUUCUAUGAAGAGUGGGAGACAAAUGAAAGACAAGAGUGAUAGGGCAACAACCGAUCAUGCUCUUGAUAGAAGAUCAUGUUCUAUAUUAUUCAAGAUGAUGAAUCAGGGUAUAUUCAGUGAAGUUAACGGGUGCAUUAGUACAGGUAAAGAAGCCAAUAUAUACCAUGUGAAAAAUGAUGCUAACGUCGAUCUCGCCAUCAAAGUGUAUAUGACAUCAGUAAUGCCAUUUAAAUCUCGUGAUAAAUAUGUGAAAGGGGAUUUUAGAAUGCGUCAUGGAUAUUCGAAGGCGACAUCAUGGAAACUUGUUUGUAAAUGGAGUGAGAAAGAGUAUCGCAAUCUACUUCGAAUAAAUCAGUCUGGUUUAAUAAAUGCUCCUAAACCUUUACGUUUGAAAGGUGUUGUUCUGUUGAUGACUUUUAUUGGAAAGGAUGGUAUUCCUGCUCCAAAGUUAAAAGACGUUUGUCUUGAAGAAGAAGAAGCUAGAGGAGGAGAAGCUUGCAAAGAUGUUCCAAAUUGGCCUGCUUUAUACUCCCAAGUUAUAAAUGAUAUCAGAACGUUGUUUCAGAAAUGUCGUUUAGUUCACGCAGAUUUGAGUGAGUAUAACCUGCUCUACCUUGAUGGGAAAGUGUGGAUGAUUGAUGUUUCUCAGGCUGUGGAACAUGAAUCUCCUCAAGCACUUGAAUAUUUGAGAACUGAUUGUUAUAAUGUUAAUACAUUCUUCCGCAAGCAAGGCGUCUCAACUUUGACUCUACGAGAGCUCUUCGAAUGGGUGGUGAAUCCUACACUCCCUUCACCUGAUGAUCCUUCCUCUGUAAACUGUUUAGCUUCUUUACUUCAAGAAGCCUCAAUUCGGGGGAUGAACGAAACUAUGGAGAAAGAAGAUGAGGCUUUCAGAUUUGUACAUAUUCCACGAAAUUUGUCAGUAUCUUAUCCAUUUGUAAGAGAUUUCCUCAAACUACAACGUGGACAACUGUCACCAUCUGAUAUUUAUUAUGCAACUAUUACUGGGCUUAAAUCCGAUUUAACUGGUGCCUUACCAGAACUUCAGCCAGUAACAGAAAACAAGGACGCUGAAUCAGAUGACGAGUCAUUAUUAUCGGAAGAAGCUUCAGUUUGUUCGAAUGUUUCUUCAGAGUCUAUCAACAAAGCAGAAGUUAAGGGAGAAGUACUGUUAGGCCACGAAAUGAAUCUCCAGAAAGUCGUAGGAAUCGAAAGAAAGCAAUCAAACAAGAGCAAGCUGAAAAAAGAAAGCACAAAAUUCCUAAACAUAUUAAAAGGCGUAAAAUAAAAAAGUAAACAGGUUGAACUUUGUUCUCAAUCUCGAAAAGGGAUAUUAAUGAAAAUGUCGGCAUUAGCUGCACUUUUGAGUGUUUCACCCUCUGGGGCUUUAAAUAAAUGCAUCAUCUAAAUGACUUCCUUUGAAGUAGUGUAGUGCGCAUCGAUAAAGUUCUAAUGUACUACUGCCUCAGCAUCUUCAUGUGGUGUAACUACUCCACUUACAAGCGUAACAUUAGUAGUUUUAAACAGUCAAACCAUUAUUAUCUUCAUCAUCAUCAUCAUUCAAAUCUAUAUCACCAAUGUCGAUAAAUAAAUGUUCAUCUAUCUCCACCACCUCACCACCAUUAGUUUCAAGGAAUGUGAGAUCUGAAUCAUCAUAAUGACUGUCUUUCAAAAAUAAUUCACGCCCAGUUAAUCGUUUGUUACUCUGUUCUUCUGAUAUAAGCUUUUCUUUUAUUGAUUGCAUUUCUGCGCGAAAUUUUGCAUUCCACUCGAGAAAUGAUUCUACUGUAACUCGAUCUCCUCUAAACUUGGCCUCUUCCUCUAAUUGUACUGCUUUUCGUUUUUCUUUAGCUUCAUUACGCUGACGAAGUAGUAAUUUCUCACAAACACUGUCCAAUUUCUGUUGAAUAUCUGAUAAUAUAUCAAAAAGCAUCACGUAUCCUAA